CCAACCCCCUGAAACCCAGCUUAGUUCCUCUCCGGCUGCCAGGGGUUGGGUGCGCGAGUUUGCGUUGAAACUCGGUGGCUGCUCUAUACUUUUUCCUGACUCGGGGAAAAGCGACCACCCCUCAAUCCCUGGUGGGCCUCUGACAGCUACAAAAGAGUAGGGAUUUUCCCUUUUCUGUCGGGAAAUAUUGAAACCCUUCCCUCGAUCCCCGUCCCCUUUUCUCCUCCCUCUCCCUUCUUCCCCUUCCCCAAAGCCUUCCUGGGCUUCGCCUCCCUCACUCCCUUCCCCACCCCUUCUUAGGACUGGGCUGAAGUCACCGUGGAGCUCAAGCGCGGCACCCCAACUUUCGAAGCCAGGAGUGAAAUAUGGGAUGUAUAAAAUCAAAAAGAAAAGACAAUCCACCUCACGAUGGAAUAGAUUUGAAGACCCAACCAGUGCUCAAUCAAGGCACUCAACUUUUACCAGGACAAAGGUUUCAAAACAAAGAUCCAGAAGAGCAAGGGAAUGUGGUAAUAGCCUUAUAUGCCUAUGAGGGCCUUCACCCUGAUGAUUUAUCCUUCAAGAAAGGAGAAAAAUUGAAAAUCCUUGAAGAGCAUGGAGAAUGGUGGAAAGCUAGAUCUCUUAUAUCCAAGAAAGAAGGUUUCAUUCCCAGCAAUUAUGUAGCAAAAAUCAAUACUUUGGAAACAGAAGAAUGGUUCUUUAAGGAUAUAACCCGGAAAGAUGCUGAAAGACAGCUUCUGGCACCAGGAAAUAGUGCAGGAGCAUUUCUUAUCCGAGAAAGUGAAACAUUAAAAGGAAGUUACUCUCUCUCUGUUCGAGAUUAUGACCCACUGCAUGGUGAUGUGAUUAAGCACUACAAAAUUAGAAGUCUGGACAAUGGAGGUUAUUAUAUAUCUCCAAGAAUUACUUUCCCCUGUAUCAGUGACAUGAUUAAGCAUUAUCAAAAGCAGCCAGAUGGUCUGUGCAGAAGGCUUGAGAAGGCAUGUAUUAGUCCAAAACCACAAAAACCAUGGGAUAAAGAUGCUUGGGAAAUUCCCCGUGAAUCAAUUAAGCUAGUAAAAAAGCUUGGAGCUGGACAAUUUGGAGAAGUCUGGAUGGGUUACUAUAAUAAUAGUACCAAAGUGGCUGUGAAAACUCUGAAGCCAGGAACCAUGUCUGUGCAAGCAUUCCUAGAAGAAGCCAAUCUCAUGAAAACACUUCAGCACGACAAGUUAGUGAGACUUUAUGCUGUAGUUACCAAAGAAGAACCCAUUUACAUCAUUACAGAAUACAUGGCAAAAGGGAGUUUGCUGGAUUUCCUGAAGAGUGAUGAAGGUGGGAAAUUGCUGCUUCCAAAGCUAAUUGACUUUUCAGCACAGAUAGCAGAAGGAAUGGCAUACAUCGAGAGGAAGAAUUACAUCCAUCGAGAUCUGAGGGCAGCUAAUGUUCUCGUUUCAGAUUCACUGAUGUGUAAAAUCGCUGAUUUUGGCCUUGCUCGGAUAAUUGAAGAUAAUGAGUAUACAGCAAGAGAAGGUGCAAAAUUCCCUAUUAAGUGGACAGCUCCAGAGGCAAUAAAUUUUGGAUAUUUUACUAUUAAAUCAGAUGUAUGGUCCUUUGGAAUUCUCCUAUAUGAAAUCGUAACUUAUGGAAAAAUUCCCUAUCCAGGGAGGACUAAUGCUGAUGUGAUGAUGGCUCUGGGGCAGGGAUACAGGAUGCCACGCAUGGAAAACUGUCCAGAAGAGCUCUAUGACAUCAUGAAAAUGUGCUGGAAGGAGAAAGCAGAAGAAAGGCCAACAUUUGAUUAUUUACAGAGUGUGCUGGAUGACUUCUACACAGCAACAGAGGGGCAAUAUCAACAACAGCCUUAGAACAAAGGAAUACUUUUUUUCCCCAAUCGACAUAUUCAGAUGCCACAGUGUACACACACACACACACACACACAUACACACACACACCCCAAAACUGGUUGCACAAGUUAUUUCAAUGUGCCUGGAUUAGCCACUGCGUGGGUUCCUGAAAGUAAAGGCUGAACUCAGGAAGAUUCUGUAUACUUUACCCAGGAAGGGAAACCCUGUUUUUGACUGAUGGAACAGAAUUGAAAAGAAUAACUGGGGACUGACUAGCUCAGAGGAUAAACUACUCAUCUACUAGUAACCUUAUCUAUCUAAGCCAAAAUCUGAAUCCAAACUUAGAAGGGGAAAAAAUAGACCCAAAUUAAAAUAUACACAUUCUGACCCUGCCUUUCUAGGUGGGGAGGCGAUAAUUACUUUAAAUAUGAUUCAUAUCAGCAAAUUGUGGCACACACAAUUGUUUUUAAAUCAAAUGUAUUCAUUUAUAAUGUCACCAUCAAUGGUUAUACUCUUGCAGGAGUUCUUUGUAUUUUCCAUAGAUUUGCACUCAUUUAAAAAGGAUGGGGAAAUGUCAUCAAACUACCCAUGUCCCACGUGAAGUCAGUGGCUGAGAACUACCCACUCUCACCCUCAAAACCUAGUCCCAUAAACAUCAUUCUGCUGCAAGUACAGUUCAGCAGCAGUCUUUUCUUCAGUGGAAAGGGACCAAGAUUUCUCAUUUUAAUGUCAGUGUUAUAUUUUAAAGAUCUGUGUUCUAGAGACAAACCAUAAUCCCAAUGUAUGGAAAUUUUCAAUAACCUUUGAUGAUUCGGGCAUUAGAAACAGCAGUAUGAUUAUGGUGUCUACAAGAACUUACUCUAGCUAUUCAGUUAAGAUAUUUUGGAAAAGAAAAUGGAAGGACUAAUUCUUUAGCUGCUUACAGUGAUUGAAGAGGCAUUUUUAUUACCAAAUGUUUAAUGUUAACUGCAUCAUAGUAUAUGCAUAAAUGGAUUGAUUUGUUUUUCAUGAUUCAGACUAUGAUUUUUAAGUAGUUGGAGAUUUGUAUGGGACUAUUUGUAGCCAGAAGCAAUGCAAAAAAAUUAUUUACUGUCUGUGAUAUGAGGUUCGAAAAGACAUAUUUUUGUUUACUAAAUUUUUCUACUAUCAACAUUGGAUGACCAAAAAAAGAAAACCUCAUACUUAUAACAUUUCACUUAUGUUACUAUGUAAAUAUUUAAUAUGUCUAUUGUUUGAUUGUUUUUAUUUCAACAUGCCCUGGUUUGAUAACAUUUAAAAAAAAAAAAAAACAUUUCUGUUUGUUGCCUUCCCAAAUACUGUCAACAUUAAAAAAAGACAAAUGGCAGGAAAAAAAAACCAAUGUCAUUGAUUCCCUAGAGCUGCUUGAUUAAAGUGACUAAUUUCCAAUUCUACUUAUACAACUUGGUAAUAUCAGGAAUAAAGUAAAAAAGAAAUUGA